CGAAGCAUCGACGGUGGCGCGUGGUGGCCGGCGGAGGCGGGAAGGAUGGUGCUGGCGUAGAUGCGGCGCGAAAGUGGGGUGAGUGAGACUAUCGAAGGGAGCAGAGUUUUUGCUCGAGCGAUGGGCGACCGACUAAAUAUAAGAGCAAUUAGGCGACGGAGUAAAAUUUUACUCCACUAUUCGAUUUAGGGAAUCGACUAGGUGCGGGUUAAAGAAAUAAAUGUAAAAAAUUACUCCUCUAUAGCCGUCUAGGGGAUCGGCGGCUAAAGUUGCUCUAAGCACCGUUCUGGUGAGCGGCCUGCCAGAUCUGUAAAAGGUAUUGUAGAGUUUGUAUUUUUAAAACACACUAGCGAAGGCUAGGCAACCUAAGCUUUGUUCUGAUUCAUUUGUAAAUUUGUAGAAUUUUGUGAAACCUAAGCUCCUGAGGCCAUACAAGCUUAGAACCUGAAACGAUAAACUUACAUAGUUUUGAGACUUAAAAGUGCAGUUUCAAAGUUAUAGGACUAACACACCUACAAUAGUUUUAGGGCCUAUAAUUACAGUUUUAAAGUCGUAGGACUAAAUUGACACACGUUUUAAGACUUGCUCCCCCGUCCGGAUUUAUUAGACCUCUUUUCAUUUUGAGUCAAAAUUUAACCAUUAAUUUAACUAAUAAAACCUUAGGUAUAUGUCAUCAUAGAAAACGUCUUUCAAAUACAAAUACAACAAUAUACUUUAUGUAGCAUAUACUUUAUAUAUGUAGUCAAAUACUUGGUCUAAUUUAAACCUAAAAUGUAAGGAGGCCCAAUAAAUUCGGACGGAGGUAGCAUGAUGCAUUUUACUCAAUAUUCAAUGGCUAAAAUACAAAGGAUGAAUGCUUGCCUCCAAUGAAAAAAGUCCAAAUAAUAAGUGACAGCCCUAACGUUUUUUUACAACUAAAGUUGUCAUCCAAAAAGAAAAACAAACCAAAAAAACUGAAACUUACCAUCCAGAAAAAUGUUAUCAUACUUGACAACUAAAGUUGCCAUCCUUGGGUCACUAAAUUUGCCAUAAAAAAAUUAGGAGUUGCCAUGUUUUCAUGCCAUGACACUUAUGGAGGUAAAAAAAGAAAAAGGACGAAGGCAGAGAAGACCUAGCCGCCGCUGAGCUUCGCCUUUCCCAAAUCGAAAUUGAGAACGAGGAUCUCCUAACUCGGAAGCAAUGGCCGCCGGUCAUGCCGAGCAGUGGACAAGCGUAGCACGAGGCCGCCGAUGCCGGUGAAUCCCCUCAAACGUGCUCCAGAGGCAUUCACCAUCUCAACUUCUCAAGUCCACAGAGGUAAAAUUCGUCAUCUCUUAAUCGGUGCAUCAGAUCUGCGAGUUGGGACUCAGGAUGCCGCCGUCGAGAUCUAGAAAGCGCACUUCGGCGCCGCCGGCCACGACUGCGCGCGCAAGGAGGUGCCGCCGGCCUGCGGCGGUGCCAUUGGAUGAUGUCGCUGGCGCAGUGGCGCCCCCGUUUUCUUCCCCCCUCUGGGCGUCGCUUUCAGAUGAUUUGGUUUGCGAGAUAGCCUGGAGAGUGCUCUCGGGCGAUAUUCUGGACUACGUGCGCUUCCGCGCCGUCUGCACCCGUUGGCGGUCUGGCACCGUCUGCCCGCGCGGCCGCGGCGUCGCCGAUCCGCGCUUCCACCCGCGCCGCUGGAUGAUGCUGCCGGAGGGCCAUGGCCUCUACCCCGGCCACAGCAGGCUGCGCGGCUACGUCCGCUUCUUCAACCUUGACACGGGAACUUUUGUCCGUGUCAAGCUCCCGCUGUUCAACAGCCACUGCGCUCUUGACUCGGUUGACGGCCUCCUCCUCCUCCAGAGGGACGAGGACACCGGCAUCCGCCUCGUCCACCCGUUCACCGGCGACAUCGCCGAGCUCCCACCACUCGCCACCCUGCUCGCGCAGCUAAAGAACGACCCAUCGGUCCCUCAUGGUUCUGAUCCUUACUGGUGGUGGUCCUUAAUCAGAUACUGCGUCUGUGCUACCGUGUCCUGCAGUGCCGGAGCCAUCACCGUGAUGCUUGUGUUCCAUCAUCUGCGACGUGUAGCCUUUGCUACCUCCGAGGACCGGCAAUGGGCAAUGCCAAGCUGGGAAAUCCCAGUAAACAUCGCACCCUUGUCGCUCCAAGGCAAGCUAUACUUGGUGCAAUUUCCUUGCGCUAAUGGCUCGCUGGUCUUCCAGAUGGAGGUUGGUUCGCCGCCGCUGCCGCCAAAGAUGAUUGCCACAUGCCCAGCAGAUAAGCUCUACGGCGGCUACCACCUUGUAGAAUGCAACUCGCAGAUCCUGCUUGCCGGGUAUACCGACAGCUCCAUGUCUCACAUUUUGAUCUAUAAGCUCGAGGACCUCAUCUUGGAGAGGUUUGUCCCGGUAACAAGCAUCGGAGACCGAGCCCUCUUCCUUGAAGAUCGGAGCCUGAGCGUCUCGUCCAAGGCACUGCCAACCAUCAUCGCUGAGACAGUUGUGUAUACAUGUCCACUCAACCGUUGUUUUGCGCAAUACCGUCUCACUACCGGUGCUUGGUCUCAGCCAUUCGAUGGAUAUAGCGACGGCUUCAACCCAGGUCCUUAUAGCCUCAUCCAACAUGUCAUUAGCUGCUGCAUUCGCAAUGUUUGGAACAAAGGGCUGGUAUAUUCUGAAAAGGAAACCAAAAAACCCGGAUGGCUUUGUUGGAAGGUGAAGAGAAAGCUUCGCAUUUGGGCGUGAAUGGCCUGUAUAUAUCCAGAAGCCGGUGGAUUGAUUUUCUUUGCACCAUCAGAUGGGGAGAUCAAGCUGGAUGUUUUUAUCCAUGUCCUGUUUCUUGCCAGCAUUUAGGUUCAUAUAUCUUUGGUUCAACUCUCGUGUAGUUAACGGGUGCUUUCACAUUAGUUAGAUCCUCGACCUUACUACUGAAAAUUACACCCGUUCAUUAAAGGAUGGGGUUUCUCAAGGUUUGCUUUGAGAGUUUGGACAUUUUAGAUGUGAAUCAUUUAUCCGAAGAUCGGUCAUAGAUCCUUCUGGGACUUCGGAUGUCUCUGGGAAACGGGCAUCGGGCACAAUCAACAAGACUAGGCGUAAAGCAGUUUGAUUCUGUU